AUGGGCGGGGGCACGGGGCCGUACAGGAACGACUCCGCUUUCGAGACGGUGGAGGUGCUGCGCCCCGGCGCAGAUACGUGGGUGGCCGGACCGAGCAUGUGCCAAGCUCGCUGCGGCAUGGGCGUGACCGCCUUGCCAGACGGGAAGGUCUUUGCCGUCGGCGGUUACGGGGGAGAUUUGGUGUACCGGAGCUCUGUCGAGGUUCUCGACCCUUGCGCUGAGCGAUGGGCCGUAGUGGCUUCGAUGAAGCGCUGUCGCACCGGGGUGGCCGCGACGGCGGGGCCAAAUGGCCGACUCUACGCCGUUGGCGGUUCUUCGGAUGGAUCUCACGGGCUCUCGUCGGUGGAAACCUUGGACCCGCGAGAGGGGAAGUGGAGCGCCUCCCCCCGCAUGGUCUUCGGGCGGGCGUUCUGCUGCGCGUCCUUCGGGGCGUCGGGCUGCCUGUACGUCGUUGGGGGCACGUCCUUGGCCACCGGAGUAAUGAGGACCGUCGAAGUGUUCGAUCCCCGCUCGGAGAAGUGGAGGGUCGAAGAACGUUUCGGGGCUGGCGACGGGGGUCGGGCCGUAACCGACGCCUCCCUGGUUUUCCAGCCUUGAGGCCUUUUUUUAUUUUCUUUGGCGACCGACGUACAUGUUCCUUUAAUUUUUCCUCCGGGGUAUGUAUGUAGGUUGUGUUAUUGCCAGUGAUGAUAGCCUCUUUGACCUUUUGUUGUUGCGGUUUUUCUGGAGAUUAGCCCACAACCGCGGGGAUUCCAAGCUUCUUUCCCUUGAGGAACGAUUGCGGAAAAGGUCGAAACGGUUUGCCCAAGGCGGAAGUAAUACAUAAACCGUGACAAGAAGGUAUCCUGCCACGUUUUAAGUAUCAUAUUAAGAUUCAAUUUUUAAGUAUAUUUGUAGGACGAAGAAAAAGAAAUUUACAUCGUAACCUAUGUAUAACCCGUGUUUUCUGAACGAAGUCGCCAGUUCGAAACUGCGGUGUGGCGUUGUAUGAUGUGCAAGUUUCCCCCGCGAUUGUGUUUUUGUGUUGUGAGGCUAUCAUAUAUCUUUACUUGGAAACCUUUGACGGAAUUCAAGCAGUAAGUGCAUGGGAUGAGUAUUCAAUGAAGCCGAUCUUUCGUGUCGACCGAUCUUUCGUGUCGACCGAUCUUUCGUGUCGACCGACACACGAAUGGAUCUGGCAUAGUUUCCUUCCCCCGACAGUAGUGCUAUAUGUGUCAUCCCGGUUUUGCACAGGUGUUGGCGUGUCUGUCUGCCCCCCCCACCUCCCCGUCGUUUUUGUUCCAUAAAAUAGGGAGAAGACCGAUGUUGAAAUCCGAGAGUGUCCGUGUUUCGCGUCCAUGCAAAGGUUUUUUCGUUUGGACCCGAUCCUUGCCUGCUGCGUGUGUGUUUACGUCCGUUGUUUUGGCGUUCAUGGUGUGGUAUGUACAUGGUUCCCUGCUGUGGUAGUGUUGUAACAUUCGUCAGUGGUCGGGUUUCAUG